GAUUGUUGAGCUACAUACUCAUCAUCAAUGGCGCUAAAGGUAACCAAGAUCUCCCAAGUCAGCCCAGCAAGUAACUCGUCCAAUGACUCAGCCAACUCGAUGGUUCUUCCACUGACGUUCUUCGACUUACGUUGGUUACAAUUCCAUCCCACCGAAAGAGUUAUCUUCUACAAACUCAUCAAAGACUCAUCUCUUGAGUCCUUCCUCUCCGUGAUCCUCCCCAAACUUGAGCUCUCUCUCUCCAUCGUCCUUCGUCACUACCUCCCGCUCGCUGGCCGCCUCACAUGGAGCUCACAAGAUCCUAAACCUAGCAUCAUCGUCUCUCCGAACGACUAUGUUUCCUUGACUGUCGCGGAGAGUGAUGCUGAUUUCUCCCGUAUCUCCGGUAAAGGGAUACGUCCCGAAUCGGAGAUACGCUCUUUGGUGCCCGAGUUAUCGCUUUCUUGUGACUCACCUUCGGUUCUUUCUUUGCAAGUCACUUUGUUCCCCAACCAAGGGUUUUGUAUUGGUAUCGCUUCUCAUCAUUCUGUUAUGGACGGGAAAACAGUGGUUAGGUUUAUAAAAUCAUGGGCUCACAUUUGUAAACAUGGAGCCAUGGAUUUACCGGAGGAUUUGACUCCGGUUUUAGAUCGUACGGUUAUCAAUGUCCCUGCAAGUCUUGAUGCAAAAAUCAUUGAACUUUUGUCAUAUUUCUCAGAAGUGAAAGAUAGUUUCAGAUCAUUGAAGCUGCUUCCUCCCAAGGAGAUCAGCCCCGACCUAGUACGGAUCUCGCUCGAGUUGACUCGAGAGAAUAUAGAGAAACUUAGGGAGCAAGCCAAGAGGGAGUCAGCUCGCUCUCAUCAUGAGCUUCACUUGUCAACGUUCGUUGUUGCCAACGCGUAUCUUUGGACAUGCUUGGUAAAGACGCGUGGAGGAGAUGAGAACAGACCGGUCCGUUUCAUGUAUGCUGCUGAUUUCAGGAACCGGUUAGAUCCACCGGUUCCUGAGAUGUAUUUCGGGAACUGCGUGUUCCCGAUAGGUUGCUUUGGUUACAAGGCGAAUGUGUUUUUGGGAGAAGAUGGGUUUGUUAAUAUGGUCGAAAUUCUAAGUGAUUCGGUUAGAAGUAUUGGUUUACGAAAGUUGGAAACAAUUUGCGAAUUGUACAUUAAUGGAACAAAGAGUGUGAAACCAGGUACACAGAUUGGAUCCAUUGCCGGUUCGAACCAGUUUGGGCUAUACGGGUCAGAUUUCGGGUGGGGAAAACCAUGUAACAGUGAGAUUGCGUCCAUUGACCGAAACGAGGCGUUUUCGAUGUCGGAGAGGAGGGAUGAACCCGGAGGUGUGGAGAUCGGCUUGUGUUUGAAGAAAUGUGAGAUGGACAUAUUUAUUUAUCUGUUUCAAAAUGGUUUAGAAAUGGUUCUUUAGGGUCUUUGAUUCUAAUGUUUGUAAGAUGUAAUUUUUUUUUUCCUUUUUGUGUGGUUUAUGGAAAUGUUUUGUGUAUCAUCCGAACCUAUCUCUAAUCAUGAACCACACUGGUUUAAGUAUAGAAGCAUUUAUGGAUUGAGGAUCUCGGUUUGUUCU